AUGGUCGCAGUGCUCGCCUGGUCCACUUCGCUCACCAUCGCGAGCGCCCUCGCGGCGACGCAGACGUCCAUGUCGACGUGGGCCGACCUCGCGGCGCGCGCGGGCGCGCCGGCGCCGCGGCUCUUCGACGAGACCGAGCGCCUGCACGGCGCGGACGCGCCCAGGGUCCGGCUGUGGCACGACGCGGCGGCGUGGCACCCCUUCGCCAACCAGGUCUGGCUGCUCCUCGAGGCGGCGCGGAUCCCGCACUGCCGCGCCGUCGUGCCCCUGUCACAGUACCGCCGGCCGGGCCCGCGCGACGACGCGCGCCUCGCCGCGUUCGCGGACGCGCUCCCCGGCGCCAACCCCAACGGCGUGCCCUACGUGCAGCUCGCGACGGCGGCCGGCGGCUGGGGGCCGCCGCUCCGCGAGCGGAGCGCCGUGGCGCUCCUGCGCGCGCUCGACCGCGAGUUCCCCGAGCACGGCCUGCUGCCACGCGCGCCGCGGCGGCGCGCGCUCUGCGACGAGCUCCUCGCCCGCUACGCCGACCUCCAGAAGGCGCUCUACGGCGUCCUCGGCGGCAAGUCGACGGCGGCGGCGCGCCGGGCCUACGCCGCGCGGAUGGACGCCUGGGACGCCUGCUACGCGCGCGAGUCGGACCUCGCGCUCUGCCCCGACGACGGCGGCGAAGCGCCGGUCCCGCGCGACGCGCCGUUCCUCCUCGGGUCGCUCGGCGCGAUCGACGCGCUGCUGCUCCCGCUCCUCGAGCGCUGCGAGGCGAACGUGCCGCACGCCGUCGUGGGCACCGGCCGCGAAAAGCUCGCGCUCGGCCGCUGGCCGGCGCUCGCGCGGCUCCUCGCGGCCGCGCGGCGCGACGUCUGCCCGAUCCACGCGCUCCUCGGCGAUCCUACGACGACGCUGGGGGUCCGCCUCGCGGUGACGGGCGCCGUCGGCCGCCAGCCGCUGCCGCCGCCGCCGCCGCCGGACGCCGCGGCGGCGGCCGCCGCCGCGGCGGCGCCCGCGGCGCGCCUCGACGCCGCCGCCCGGCUCUGCGCGAACGGCGCCGCCUGCGCCGGUCUCGCGGCGUCCCGAGUUUUUCGAGAGACGUCGGCCGGGACGCCGACGCGCGCGGCAGGCUUCGCGGCGGCGGGCUCGGGCACGGGCCGGCCCCGCGGGGACGCGGCCGCGCGGAAAAAGGCGACGGGCGCCGAGACCGUCGCGGCCGUCGACGACGCGCUCCGAGCGACGGCGGCCGCGCUGCUCGACGACGGCUUCGCGGUCCGGCGCGCGGCCGAGGGCAUCGUCGAGGCCCGCGGCGAGGACCGCGCGCGCGCCGCGGCGGAGGCGCUCGUCUUCCUCGCCGAGAACACGGGCGCGCGGCGCGGCGUGCCGCGCGACAUGGACCGCGAGCCGGCGGAGGCGUUCCGCGCGCACCUCCGGCUCGUCGGCGCGGCCCUCGCCGCGUGCUGCGACUCGUAG